AAUGAUGAUGUUAACCCUAUAGUUUUAUUUCUCUAGUGGGGAGAUUAAUCAAAGCUGUUUUUGCUAAAACCAAUAACCAAUAAUUCACAUCUCAAGAUCAACUUCUCACUUAUUUCUUCCAUUCUUUCAAAAUAUCAAUACCUAUUUUUCUAGUGAAAAAUCUUUGUUUAUAAAUGGUAUUACAGUGAAUGUGGAUUUAGAUGUUCAUGCAUGUCUGAUUCAUCCUGGGAAAAUAUUUAAAGGAAGUCAGUAAAAUACAGCAAAACACCAAAAAAGAUCAUUACUCAAUUCCCUUGUCUUUUGUCUUUCUUUUUUUUUUUUUUUUUUUUGGUUAUGUCCUUUGUUCUAUCAAAGUUAGGUUCUUGAAGGACUAAAUGGAAAUACUUGAGGCAGUAAGCACGCAUUGAUACAGGAGCAGAUUUGUAAAGACAAAAACUAUAUGGCCUGUCUUAUUCUUCUUUGUUUCAUUCUUCACUGCUCUUUGUCUUCCACUUUGCCUAUUUGAGUUCCUUUGGGAAAAAAAAAAAAAACAUCUUGUCAUCAUCUCUCUGAAAAUUUUUGUAUCAAUUGCUAUAGACCACUUUAGAAUCUUGGGAAAGUUGUGGCUUUUGGAGGUUCUUAACACAAGGAAAGUUGAAAGUAGAUGAUGUUUAUGUAGGAAUUCAGUAAUGGAAGGUGAUAGGUAUAGUUAUAGCAGGCAGGGGAGUGGUGUAUGGAGAUCCUUGAGAGAUGGGGAUUUUGAGGAAGAAGAUGUUUGGGCAGUUCUCAAGGAAAGAAAAGAUUCUACUAACAAACUUGGUCAACAAUCCAUUGAAUCAUCUGUUCCUGUUAGAAGACAUCUCCCAAGUGCUGCAAUGAUGAUCCCUAGAACUUUCUCUACUAUUAAUAACAGUAGCAAUAUUGGCAGUUCAAGCUCCGGUUCCAGUCAUGAAGCUAAUGGAGUUAAACAGCAAUCAGCUCCUGUCAACAUCCCUGAUUGGUCUAACAUCUCUAGAAACAAGUCAAAGAAGGGUUCCAAUGGCUUAUGGCAUGAUCAUGAUGAUGGGGAUGGUGACGGGGUUUUGGUUGGUUUUGAAGACAGUGAUGAUGAUGAUGUUGAUGAGUACAAUUCAAAGUUGCCACCACAUGAAUUCCUUGCUAAGAGGCUUGCAAGGAGUCAGAUAUCUUCUUUCUCGGUUUUUGAAGGUGUUGGGAGGAAACUCAAAGGGAGGGAUUUGAGGAAAGUGAGAAAUGCAGUUUUAACAAAAACAGGUUUCCUUGAAUAAUGGUCAAUGUUAAAGCUUUUCCCCAUUGUUGUAAUUCAUAGAUGGUAAAAUGUCAAAUGUGGAACUGUUUUCAAUGUUGGUAUUUUGUUAGUCUAGUGUUUAUGUAUAGGGAUUUUGAAUGAACAAAUGAUCAUUGUCAGAUGUGUUUUUAUUAGAAAAUAUUCAAUUAAAGCCAUGGAUUUGAAUUAUCAGUGAAA